AUGAAGCUCCAAAUACUCACAUUACUGCUCCUCGGAGUUGGCCCGGCGAUUUGCUCCAAACUAGCCUUUGGCUACGAGGCCGUCAUGUUCUACACGAUCUACCGUCUGGACUAUUUCACCAACGCAAACUCACUGACUCUUGCGAAAGGAUGCCACCCAGUCCCUUGCAACUUUGACGAAUUCAUCAAGUACAUCAGCAAAACCACCUUUUACACCGGAUCGGGUGGCAAAAUCAAAAACCUAGUAGACCCAGACAUUGAUGAAGCAAGACGGGUUACCGACUUCCCUGGUAACGGCCCCCAGAGAAGCAAAACCGACAAAACCCGUCGCGGCUACGAAGGCACCUACGACCAGAAAUUGCUAUUGGGGAGUAAAUGGGAGGAAAAUCUCAAACAUGGAGAUGUUAUUGAUCGGCUUGCCGAUAUCGUUCAGGACUGCCGCCAAAAGCGAGGAGGGCAGGUUGACCACUACGUCAAGAAGUCCAUCACUUGCAUGGAUGCGGUGCACAGUCUGCGAAAACAAGAGCAAAGCGCAGGGAUAAUCCAACUCGCCAAUAAGAAACUCAAAAGUUACAAUAUUGGCAUCACCCAAGUCAGCACAAAAACCGUCACGACACCUGACGGGAAAUCUUAUCAGGAAUUCGACGCGGCAGAUACCAUCAGGAGAGUGCUCCAGACUGGGAACAACGGACAGAAGCUGGUUCCUUUCCUGACGAAUCUUGUCAACGAGUACAACACCAACGGGCAAGCCUCGCCCAAGGGCGUAGGUGUAGCUCACGGGAGUGUGAUGAGAUCCUACGAGAAAGCUUUGAGCCGUCUUCGAAGCAUAGAUCCGUGGAGUUGUCCUUAA